AUGAUAAAGGACAGACUGCUUCCUUGCCUUGGAUUCAGAGUCCCUGCUCCUUUCUCCCCCUUGGAUUCAUGGAGGACCCUGUCCCUUUUCCUCCCACCUGUGUCUCUGCAGCUGUGCAUCCUCCAGUGUGAGGAGAAGGUGUUCCCCAGCCCCCUCUGGACUCCGUGCACCAAGAUCUUGGCCAGGGGCUCCUGGCAGCUCCGGCCCGCUGACCCCGAACACGUGGUGGCUGCUCUUUACCAGCCAAGAGCCUCAGAGAUGCAGCAUCUGAAGCGAAUGCCCCGUGUCCAGAGCCCGUUCCAGGACCAGGAAGAGACAGAGCCAGGCACGGAGGACGCUGGGGAGGUGGAGCAGAAACAGCUGCAGAAGAGGUUUGGGGGCUUCACCGGAGCCCGGAAGUCGGCCCGGAAGUUGGCCAACCAGAAGCGGUUCAGUGAGUUUAUGAGGCACUACCUGGUCCUGAGCAUGCAGUCAAGCCAGCGCCGACGCACCCUGCACCAGAAUGGUAAUGUGUAGCCGGAAGGGGUGCCCCUCCCAGCUGCACCGCCACUGCAACCCAUGAGUGAGUUGGAGACAAAGAGAGACCUCCCACACCCAGCCAUCUUAGCCUUUUCCCAGCUCCAAACACACGCAUGCAC